AUGACAAGGGUCCGUUUGAAAGGAAAUGCUGCGCUCCGUUUAACGCCUGCCAUCGCGUGUCGUGCUCAACGUCUGUUGACGAGCCAAAGUGCCCAAGGUUUGAGUUUACGGGGCACCGUGGCCUUCACCCUGUGUCUGACCAAGGGGGGAAGGCGUUUUGCAGCGAAAGGACGAGCCGCCGCCGGGACCCCGCCGCGCAGGCCGGGCUGCCAAGAGGAGCCGAAGUGCACGCCACAUGGGUGCUGGGAUUCGCCAUAA